AUGUUCCGCGCUCGGCCAAAUCGUCCGUCCGUGAAGUCUCGGCCAAAGUCCAAACCGACGGCCGAUCACGCAUCACGACCCGGGAAACAUUGUCCCGCGGUCGGCCAAGCACAACGCUCACGCCACGCCGCGCACGACCAUGCCGCGCGAGCCGGGAACAAAGCCUCGCGGCCGCGCAACCCGUUCGCGUACCACGGCCGAUGCAUCCGUCCGAGCCGAGAAAACCAUCCGGCCGAAAUCUUCGUCGUCCGACCACGCCGGCCGACACGCAUCCGUCCGGCCCGACCGUUCCGACUCGGCCAAAGACCCGACUGUCCGGCCGACCGUCCCGACCGACCGUCCGAACGCCGCGGUCGACCCGAAGCCGUUUUUGAAGCCCAAUCCGCACAAUUCAAGCCCAAAGCCGGCGCCGACCUAGCUAGAUUAGGUUUAGCCGUCUUCUUAUACUUAGAGCAUUAUAAAUACUUCUUUUUAGCCUUGUAA